AUGAUUUCAGAAUCCCAAGGAAGCGGGAGCCGCGCCAAUGGAGCCGUCAAACCCGUCAUAGGCAUCAUAGGGAUGGGCGAUAUGGGAAGGAUGUACGCACGGCGUCUGCACGCUGGAGGAGCAGGAAUGAUAUACGUCUGCGACCUGCCCGAAAAGUACUCGGCGCUCCAGGAGGAAUUCGCAGAUACUGGCAUCAUCGCUCUUCCGGACGGUCACGCCGUGUCCCGCUUGUCGGACUUUAUCGUCUACUCUGUCGAGGCGGCACAUAUCGGCGCCUGCGUGAAGGAGUAUGGGCCGAGUACGAAGGUCGGCGCGACAGUAGCGGGUCAGACGAGCGUCAAGGCGCCAGAGAAACAGGCGUUCGAAACGUACCUCCCGCAAGAUUGUGCGGUGGUCAGUCUGCAUAGUCUGCACGGGCCGGGAGUGACCACGGAGGGGCAGCCUUUAAUCAUCAUACAUCAUCGAGGACCGAAAGACCGCGUGACCAUGGUCGAGGAUAUCUUCCGGUGUUUCAAGUCCCGCUACGUCUACUUGAGCUACGAAGAGCACGACAUGGUCACUGCCAACACGCAAGCUGUGACCCAUGCUGCUUUCCUGAGUAUGGGAACAGCAUGGCACAAGUCCUCCGCCUACCCCUGGGAGACUACGCGCUACGUCUCCGGCGUCGAAGUCGUCAAAGUCAAUAUCACCCUCCGUAUCUACUCUGCCAAGUGGCACGUCUACGCCGGUCUCGCCAUCCUCAACCCAGCCGCCCAGGCUCAGAUCCAGCAAUACGCCCGAUCCGCCAGUGAGCUGUUCAAGCUCAUGGUGCAGAACAAGGGGGAUGAGCUGGGCGAGCGGGUCUGGGGCGCAAGAGAGAAAGUAUUUGGGUGGACAAGGGACCAGGAGGGUGGAGGGGAAGGGGAGGGAAGGAGAGGUCCGAUCUUGCUCAGUGAGGAUGUACUGGAUCAGUUCAGUCUAGGCAAGGCGGGCGGGGCGGAGAAGGAACGAGAGAGGAGCAGCAACUCGCAUCUCAGCUUGUUGGCUAUGGUGGAUUGUUGGGCGAAGCUGGGGAUAAGGCCAUACGAGCACUUGGACGUGGCUGGGACCCCAGUCUUCAUGCUCUGGAUAGGCGUCGCAGAGUAUCUCUUCAGAUCACCUGCUCUUCUUACAUCCUCCAUACAGGCCGCCCUCUCGGACAGGAUACAUCGGCCAGAUGAUAUCGAGUUUGUCGUCGCAGCGAGGGGUUGGUCAGAAUGUGUGACAUUUGGGAACUUUGAUCUGUACCGAACGAGGUUUGAGGAGACUGCUGCGUUCUUUGCGCCGAGAUUCGAAGAAGCGACAAAGCUGGGGUCGAAGAUGAUCAAGGUGAUACAGGACGCGCAGCGGGCGAAGACGGAAACGUCAGAAGCACAAUGA